GAGAGUGUUGAGGGAGGGGGGAGGGGGGACACAGAGGGAGGAAGAAGCGACGGCGGCGGCUCCUCGGUGCAGAGGGGGGAAACUCCGAGGGCUCCGACAGGAAUAAUGCGGUAGCCCGGCGGGCGGCUGGCUCCCGGCUCCGGCAGCAGCGGCGGCGGCCCGAGCGGCGGCAGCCCGAGCAGCGGCAGCGCCCCGGGCGCUGACAGCCCCGCCGACCGGCCCCCUCGCUGACCGCCGGCUGUCAAUGGAGCUGGAAAACAUCGUGGCCAACACGGUCUUGCUGAAAGCCCGGGAAGGGGGUGGAGGAAAACGCAAAGGGAAAAGCAAGAAGUGGAAGGAAAUCCUGAAGUUUCCUCACAUCAGCCAGUGUGAAGACCUCCGAAGAACCAUAGACAGAGAUUACUGCAGUCUAUGUGACAAGCAGCCAAUUGGGAGGCUGCUUUUCCGGCAGUUCUGCGAAACUAGGCCUGGGCUGGAGUGCUACAUUCAGUUCCUGGACUCGGUGGCAGAAUACGAAGUUACUCCAGAUGAAAAACUUGGAGAGAAAGGGAAAGAAAUUAUGACCAAGUACUUCACCCCAAAGUCCCCAGUUUUCAUCACCCAAGUUGGUCAAGACCUCAUCUCCCAGACAGAGGCAAAGCUCCUGCAAAGACCCUGCAAAGAACUCUUCUCCCCCUGUGCACAGUCUGUCCAUGACUACCUGAAGGGAGAACCAUUCAACGAAUACCUGGACAGCAUGUAUUUUGACCGAUUUCUGCAGUGGAAGUGGCUGGAAAGGCAACCAGUGACCAAAAACACAUUCCGGCAGUAUCGAGUGCUCGGGAAGGGGGGCUUUGGAGAGGUCUGUGCCUGCCAGGUGCGGGCUACAGGUAAAAUGUAUGCCUGCAAGCGCUUGGAGAAGAAGAGGAUCAAGAAGCGGAAAGGGGAGUCCAUGGCACUCAACGAGAAGCAGAUUCUUGAGAAGGUCAACAGUCAAUUUGUGGUCAACCUGGCCUAUGCCUACGAGACCAAGGACGCACUGUGCCUCGUCCUAACCAUCAUGAAUGGUGGCGACCUGAAGUUCCACAUCUACAACAUGGGGAACCCCGGCUUCGAGGAGGAGCGAGCCUUGUUUUAUGCCGCCGAGAUCCUCUGUGGCUUAGAAGACCUGCACCGGGAGAACACUGUGUACAGAGAUCUGAAACCUGAAAACAUCUUGUUGGAUGAUUACGGCCACAUCAGGAUCUCAGACCUGGGGCUGGCCGUGAAGAUCCCGGAGGGAGACCUGAUACGCGGCCGGGUUGGCACCGUCGGCUACAUGGCCCCAGAGGUCCUGAACAACCAGCGAUACGGCCUGAGUCCUGACUACUGGGGCCUGGGCUGCCUCAUCUACGAGAUGAUCGAGGGCCAGUCGCCGUUCCGAGGCCGCAAGGAGAAGGUGAAGCGGGAGGAGGUGGACCGCCGGGUCCUGGAGACUGAGGAGGCAUACUCGCACAAGUUCUCCGAGGAGGCCAAGUCCAUCUGCAAGAUGCUGCUCACCAAAGAUGCAAAGCAGAGACUGGGCUGCCAGGAGGAGGGCGCUGGCGAGGUCAAGAGGCACGCCUUCUUCAGGAACAUGAACUUCAAGCGCCUGGAGGCUGGCAUGUUGGAUCCUCCCUUUGUGCCAGACCCCCGCGCUGUGUACUGCAAGGACGUGCUGGACAUCGAACAGUUCUCCACCGUGAAGGGCGUCAACCUGGACCACACAGACGACGACUUCUACUCCAAGUUCUCCACAGGCUCCGUGUCCAUCCCAUGGCAAAACGAGAUGAUAGAAACAGAAUGCUUUAAGGAGCUGAAUGUGUUCGGCCCCAACGGUACCCUCUCACCGGACCUGAACAGAAGCCAGCCUCCGGAACCUCCCAAGAAAGGGCUGCUCCAGAGACUCUUCCGGCGGCAGCAUCACAACAAUUCCAAGAGUUCGCCCAAUUCCAGGCCCAGCCAUAACCACCACAUCAAUUCAAACCACAUCAGUUCCAACUCCACGGGAAGCAGCUAGUUGCCGCUCAGGCCCGGAAGUCCACAUGGAGCCAGACCAAACCCUUCUCCUUGGAAGCAGAACUCGUGCCAGUGGGACUUCCACUGUGGCUGGGCAGCCGGAGAUGCCCCCGGGAAGCAGGGGGAAGGAGACCGUCCACCCUCUCAAGGAGCCUCAAGGUUUCUCAAAGAAAUUUCCACUCAGGUCUGUUUUCUAAGGCGGCCCCACGCCGGAUGGAUUGCCUAGCCCUUGCUGAACCUUGCAAUAGAAACCCAAUGGGAUCUGACAACUUGCACGCAUUUUAAUAGCAUCCUGACUAGAACUGAAUUUUGUCUUUAUUAUUUUUAAAGAAAAGUUUUGUAAAUUUCUCUAUUGUCUCAGUUUACAUUUUGUAUAUUUGUAUUUAAAUGAAAGUUGGAUUUUGAGGGUGUAUAUUUUCUGUGCAGCCACUGUUAAGCCAUGUGUUUGAAGACAUUUUAGAGGGGUACCGGGGGGGUGGGGGGAGAAUUUAC